AUGACUCAGACAGUGACCAGGAGCGAGAAGGAGAGGGAGAGUACUACUCGGAAAUCGAGGAAAAGAAAUUUUUAUAGUGAAGAAGAUUCUGAACCUUCCCAAAGGAAUUUUAAGAGUAGUGAGGAUGCUGCACCUGCCACAAAGAAGAGGCGUCCGUGGCGCAAAAAAGUUCGGAAACAAGCGGCGAAACGAGCUGUCCAGCUUCGAAAACAACAUACUACAGGAAGAAUACAAUUUGCAGUCGAUGAAUCAACGGACGCGGGGAGAAAACUGUCAGAGAGAGCGGUAGAAAAAAGAAGGCUAAAAAGGAAGAAAUGGAGGAAGAAAAUGAGGUUACUUUUGAAGGAAAAGAUUUCACAGGAAAACAAUGCGGUCGAGAAGCUUCGUCCGGCUCGGUUUCGCUUUAUUAAUGAGCAGUUGUAUACCAUGUCAGGUGAAGACGCUGCAAAAUUGUUUAAAGAAGAUCCACAAGCUUUUAAGGUGUAUCAUGAGGGCUAUCGUCACCAGAUGAAGAAAUGGCCGUAUAAUCCACUAAAUGAAAUAAUCAGUUGGCUGAAAUCGUUGGAUUUGAAGGGAUUGACAGUCGCUGAUAUGGGGUGCGGUGAGGCUCUAAUUGCUGAAGCGUUAGCAGGACUAACAACUGUUUUCUCAUACGAUUUAGUUGCAUUGAAUGAAAGAGUAACGGCUUGCAAUAUGUCGGAGGUUCCUCUCAGAAGGAAGUCUGUGGACAUUGUUGUUUUCUGCCUUUCACUGAUGGGGUCAAAUUUAUCCGAUUAUUUGUGUGAAGCGAAUAGAAUACUUAAAAAAAAUGGGACCAUGAAGAUUGCAGAAGUUGCCAGCAGGUUUUCAAGCGUUAAAGCAUUCGUAAGUGCUGUAAGGAAAAUUGGUUUUGACCUCAAGGAAAAAAGACGGGUUGGAGGUGGCUACUUCUUUAUGUUUGAAUUUUUGAAGAUUGGGAAAGUGCGAGAAAAGAAUCCAGUUGGGCUGUCCUUGGAACCAUGUUUGUAUAAAAGGCGGUAUCGGACAGUAGCAGUCCUAGCGACACGAGUGAUUUAUAAUUCUGUGAAGGAAAGGAUCAGCCAAUUAACUGCUCUUAAGUCGAUGAGCUCUGAAGACCUUUGGUUGGUGUCGAGUGUAGAUUUUGAUUACCGGUUAACGAUGCUAAUUGAAAGGUUAUCUACUGCUUUAUUCAAGACUGUUAUGUCGCUGGUUGAACUAGGAUGGAGGCAGUUUACGUUUUUUGAGAAACGUGAUAUUCAAGAUCCUGAGAAUCCCGAUGAACGUUUUGUUGGUUUAAAGAGUUUGGAUGCUUGCUGUUCCGCAUCAGGUGAUGGGUUUGCACUGUUUGGUGAACGGUGUGGUAACAUUUUCAAACUUUCAAGAAAACUGGAGGAAUAUUUUUGGGUUGCUCAUAAACGUGAGCUCUCAGACUUCGCAUUAGCAGACAAUGUUUUAGCCACUGUUGGCGAAGAUGAGGAUGGAAUAAAUUCUGUAGUUAAGCUUUGGCAGCUUGACCGCAUCGAGAAAGAGGCUCCGUUCUGUUUACGCAUUAUUCGUGCUUGUCAGCAGCUAAGUACCUCACGGUGCGUUGCUGCAUGUGCCGUUGCGAUUCACUCGUCAUUGAAACAUCUGGCUAUUGGGUUUGCUGACUGCUCUGUUCUUUACUGCACCGGUGAUCUUCUAAAGGACAAAUCAAAUAAAUGGAUUAGUGUCGUUAAUGGCGAAACCAGCGGUACCAUGGGUAAACCGACUGGUCUUGCUUUGGCUUGGCUUGCUUCACAAAAAGCUUGUGUACUGUUUGCAAUGAGUACUACUAGUGUGAAGUCAUACGUGAUUGCCAACAAGGCCGUAACUAACGUGAUGGUUCAUUUUUAUGAUGCUGAUCAAAGCUUAAUGUCCGACCUCGAUGGAGGUAAGGGAAGAUGUCACGCUCUUGGUCGGAAUGCAGAAAAAGUUCAAGUUAUCGCCUUCAAGGAUCAUAUUGCACUAUUGACAAAACAAGUACGACCUUCUUCGUCUGUGUUCUCCACCAAUGAUGUAACCUGGAUAAUAUCUGUUUAUGAUGUUGAAGGCCAGUGUGUAGCUUUUUCAUGCGCAUGGCCAAUGGUGACUAGGCUUUUCUUGCUUGAUUCGGUCUUGAUGGUGCUAACACAAGAUGGGAAUCUUACUGCAUUGAAAGAAAAACAUAUCACGAAAAAACUGGAAACUUUAUUUAAAAAGAACCUAUACGAUCUUGCAGUUGGUUUAGCGCGACGCAGUUUGGUCGGUAUGGAAUACUUGCCAGAAAUACAUCAGAAAUAUGGCGAUUACUUGUAUAAAAGCGGGGAUUUUGAGAAUGCAGUACAACAGUACAAAGAAACGAUUGGUUUCCUUGAACCGUCAUAUGUGAUUAAAAAGUUUCUGGAUGGUUCGCAUAUCAAAGAACUGAGUACAUACUUGGAAAGUUUACACCUGAAAGGACGUGCUACGAAGAAGCAUGCUACUAUUUUAUUGAACUGUUAUAUAAAAAUUGAUGCUAAGGAGAACAUCAAGCGUUUUAUAGAGCAGGAUAUGGGGUGCGAUGUAGACGCUGCAGUUCAGCGGAGGUCUUCAGAAAGUAAGGGUUGCUCUUUGUUACGACAAAACCUUGGAACGCGAAAUAGAGAUGAUGUUCUUCGCGCGGCGAAGUAUUUCAAGGAAGCUUGUCGUCUGUGUGAAAAACACAGUCUCCAUGAACAGCAGCUUGCUAUUUUAGUUGAAGAAAUGAAAGCGUAUGAGGAUGCUUUAAAUUAUAUCACAAAGUUGGAUCCAGAGAAAGUUGAACAACACUUAGGAAAAUAUGGGAAGUUGCUUCUGGAAAAGUGCCCUGAUUCGAUGAUGGAUUACCUGGUUAAAUUUAUUGCCAUUGAUAGUAAGUAUUUGACUACAACAAAUUUUCUAGGCUGUUUAAAUCCAACUCUGCAAUUGAAAAGGCAAGGACAUCAUUCCUGGAAACCUCAACACAGUGCAAUCAUUGUUUUAGGUACAAUCAACAGGGCGUUCCAGAAAUUUGAGAGCCAAUGCAUUUUCAAUGUAAAAGCGAAAAGUGGUAACGCUUCAAGUCAUAUUGAUGCUGCAGAACUAAUGAAAAUGUUUAUUGGAAAUUCUGCUCUGUGUUCACGAUUUAUUGAAGCGGUUUUGAAGGCGGGUGCAAGAAACUCAAAGCUUCGACUUAUAAUGCUUGAGCUACGUUUACGUCAGUGGUUGCAUCGUGUCGAGGGAUCUCCAGUAAAUGAGGAAGAAAUAUUGAACCUUAUUGACGGAGAAGACCUCGACCAAGCAAUUCAGUUGUGCUUGAUGUUUGAUUUCGCUCCAGGGAUUAUUUAUGGAUAUACUAAACAGGAGAAGUAUGAUGAAUUGCUGGAGUACCACAUGAGGCAGAACAACUUGAAGGAAGUUAUUGAUUUAUGCAGAAGGAAAAGAAGUCAAAAGUUAUGGAUAGAUGCUCUUGUGUUUACUUCUCGUGCGAAAAGUAUAGAUUCCAAUGCGCUGGAGUACUUGUUGAAGAAUAUUGAAAGUGCGAACUGCGUUCAUCCAUUGUUGAUGUUGGAAAUUUUAUCGCAUAGUGAAAUCUUGCGGGUGGCACAUGUAAAAAACUACAUCAUUAAGUGGCUGCAAAAACAUGAUGAACAGGCGCUUCUUGAUGAGAAGAUUAUCGCUGAGAAUGAGAAAACGGUAAAAGAGAUUGAGGACCAAAUUGAAAGCCUCAAUUACAGGCAAGAGGUUUUUUUACUUGCAGCUAAUUUAAAACAUCUUUUACUAUUUGACUUAAAUGGAUUUCUUGUUGAAGAGAGUAAUAAUUUGUACAAGGGUGAUUUCAGUGUGCAAGUAUUUCAACAAAGCAAGUGUUCUGCAUGCGACACGUCUUUGCAAGUUCCAGCAGUUCAUUUCCUCUGCAAACAUUCGUAUCACCUGCAUUGUUUGGAAUCAUAUAGUGAAAAGGCUGAUCGCUGUCCAUCGUGUGCGAGGUUUUCGAAUUACCAAGAAUAUUCAGGAGCAAGUGCUGCAGAAUUUGAAGGAACGGACUCGUAUUCAAAAUUUCAAGAAGAAUUAAAUGCCUCGUUGGAUUGUAUGUCUUUAGUUGCUUCUUGUAUCAGCAACGGACUCUUCGACGACUGGACCAAAAGAACAAAUGAAGGGAGCGAAAGUCAUCUUUUGAAGACUAAGCUAACAAAUGUCAUUAACCCCGAGGCGAGUUAUGGAGUGCAACUUGUUUCGAACGCAAAAGUCACGACUAAUCCCUUUGAAGAAGACGAGGCUUCCACUAAUCCAUUCGAAGAACUUUCAACUAACCCGUUCGGCGAAGUUGACUCUUGA